CUCAUGUGAACUUACAGACCAUAAAGGCAGGCUAGCUAACACUGCCAUCAACACUUAAAUACCUUUGUAUGCAAAAGUUUUCUUUAUCGCAUUUUUAAUUGUAAAAAAACUAAAACUGAGGAAAUUAAUUUGUAGCUAAUGUGAAGAUAGCUAGUUAGCUUAACUCGUAGCUACGCUCAUAUACUGUUGUCGGAUGUGAACUUCUACACUACAGUUACACGUGAAAACGCCAACGAAGAGGGAUGUUGCGGAGACCCAAACCUACGGACUCAGAGGCAGAUCUACUGAGAGAACAAGAGCAGUUUCUGACCUCUGGAGCUCAGUCUGCAGCCAGUGUGAUCCGACGCCCCGACAAGAGGAGAGGAGAAGCAGAGGCAGCUGGAGAAGGAGAGGCAGCAGGAGAUGGACAAAACACAGAAAAUGGACAAACUCAGAGAGAUGUGGUGUCCAUGGAAGAUCUUCCUGAUCAGCUCCCUUCUCUGACACCUGCUCCACCUAAAAAGUCACGCUUUAAAGCCAAUCGUGUCAAAUUUGAGGAUGAAGAUGCUGCGGAGAGACUAGACAGACAUGAUACCCACAUCAGUGCUGUUCUAUCAAGAAUCGUUGAGAGAGAUACAAGUUCUGUACCAAUAUCUCUACCAGUGUUUACUGGUCUGGCUUUCCCCCAAGUACACCAUCGCUCUGAAGCCAGCACUCAGGUGCCUUUGUCCUCCGGUGGCGGUGGAAAGAAGAGCAUCUUUGCCCGUCAGAUUGCAGCUCAGAGACUUAAAGAGGGAAAGAUGCUGUUACACUGUGCACCUCGAUCUGCUCAGAGCACUGAAGCCAGAGAGCAAGAUGUCCCACCUGACACCACGAUGGAUGCAGACCCCAGCAGAGUCUCAGGCUCCAGGCUGGUUUCUGGUCAGGGACUUGGGGGCCCAGAUAGCACAGGAGAGACCAUGAAGAUCCACAGGGAGAAUGAGGAGAAGCUCCGGGCCAUGUCUCAGUCUGAGAUACUAGAAGAGCAGAAAAAACUCUUAUCUCAGCUCGAUCCUCGACUGGUGGACUUUGUUAGAUCUCGUAAAGCUCAGAGUGUCCCAUCCUCUGCUUCACCAUCCAAACACCCUCAGGGCCAAAGCAGCAAGGAGAGUUUUCCUCAUGAUAAUGUUAGCAGACAGUCAGAGCCCUCCGGUGCUGCUGGAGUUUUUCAAAAGCACCAAGAUGAGGUGAUGAAGGAGGAGGAAGAGGAAGAGGAUCUGUCAUCACCACCUGCUAUGACGGAAAAAGAUCUGCCGGUGAAGCCUCAGAAGGAGUGGGUCCACAUGGAUAAGGUGGAGCCGGAGAAGCUGGAGUGGAUGAGAGACUUACCUGCACCUAGAAGAAAAGCAACUAAAAUGGCCAUGGAGGCCCGGUUUGAUUUUGCAGGAAUGUUAAUCCCACCCACUGAAGAUCUGCCCACUCACCUGGGUCUGCACCACCACGGACAGGAGCCUGAGCGGGCAGGAUACUCUCUGCAGGAACUCUUUCUCCUUUCCCGGAGUCAAGUCAUCCAGCAGAGGAGCCUGGCACUGAGCACUCUAGCAAACAUCCUCGCCAAGGCUCACAAUGGCGAAUACCAGUCAGCUCUGAAGGGUAACGUGAUGUCCACUCUACUCGACGCCGGCCUCAUCUUCCUGCUCCGCUUUGCGUUGGAUGACAGCAUAGAGGGAGUCAUGUCUGCAGCCAUGCAUGCACUCAACACACUCCUUGUGUGCACAGAGGAUGAAGCGUGUUUGGACAGCACCUUCUCUUGGUUUCGUGGCAUGGCCUCCUUUCCCCUGCUGCCUUGUGCUCAGGAGGAGGAAGAUGAAGAAGAUGAAGGACUGGGGGAAAUCAUGAAGAUGACAGUCAAGGAGAAGGAAGAGAGGAAGAGUGAUCAUGAUGUAGCCAGACAAGAUGUCAUAAAGGGGCUGUUAAAAAUGAAACUGCUUCCAAGACUUCGUUACAUCCUGGAGGUGGUCCGACCCUCUCCUCGAGUGGUCCAGGAUAUUCUGGAGGUCCUGACCCGUAUCGCAAGGCACUCCUCCUCAUCCGCAACUCAGGUGCUCGACUGCCCUCGUCUGUUGGAGGUGAUAAUGACAGAGUUCCUUCCCACCUCCUGGACGGCGCCAGCUUCACCCCUCCCUCACUCUGUUUAUGGACUCCCGUUGGCCGGUGCCAUGAAGCUGCUGAGAGUCUUGUCUACAUCUGGCAGACACGCCUGUGCCAGACUAUUAAACUCUGUGGGAGCGAGGGAGCGUCUGUCUCGUCUGCUGAGUGUGGAUCCCAGUGAGCUGCUGCUGGAGCCCACAGAGGCCCUCAGAAUCACCACUGAGGCUUACAGACUGUGGGCUGUGGCAGCAGGCUAUGGACAGGCCUGCCAGCUGUACAUAGACCUGUAUCCGGCCUUAGUGAAGGAGCUGCAGUCUGUCCAUCGAGUCCUGGCUCCGUCACAUCCUCUGGUGCCUCUGCAGCUCCAGCGGGUCUUGGCCCUGCUCUCUCUGCUCACCCAGGUCACACACACCGCUGGCUGCCACCAAGAGCUCCAGGCUGGCAUGGUCAGCUCUCAGGGAGACGAGUGCCCUCCUCCGCCACCGGUGUCGUGGGGUCAUGUGACUGGGCUACAGGCCUCGUUAUUGGCUCAUCUGAAGGGCUUUGUGAAAAGUCUUGAUUGUCCAGAUCAGAAAGAGAGCAGCCUGACUCUGAUACCAGCUUACCUGGUCUACUUGGAGGCUUACUACCAUCAGCUCUCCAAACAGAACUGUUUCAAACCAGUGGAAACUCUUCAGGAGCUGGAGCUGCUGACAUCUGACAUCCUCCUCCCACUGCUGUCACACAGCGCAGUGCAAAGCCUGAUAAAGAACCUCAAGUCUACCUCAGUAGUAUGUAAUAUCCAGUCCAGUCCAGAAACCACUCCCAGCCUCCCGGGUUUGGCCUGUCCGGGGUGGAGGGACCGUCUGGGACUGGCUGCCCCUUGCUCCCCUUUUCCUCUUCUGACUGGCCUCGGGCUUCUCCUGGAAACAAUCACAGGCAUCCAUAAAGGUCUCAGCCACAAGUUUACAGGGCUCCUCCUUUCUGAGCCUGUGAUUGGCUACUUACGGAGCUGCAGUCAGGCCACGCCCACAUUGUCUCACACCAGAGCCUGGCUCCUCCAGCACGAACACCACCUCCUCUACCUGUUGCUCCGUCUGGCUCACAGACUGGUUCCCAUUGAACCAGAUGUAGUGAAGCACGCCUCUCUGUACCACCAGUCGGCACUGGUCCUGUUGCCAUGGUUAUUACCAGGAAGUGAAUAUCUGGCACAUGAGCUGCUUUCCACCAUUAUCUUCAACAAGGACUUUAUAUCUGAAGGCCACAGUGGAGGACCCGAGGCUGUAGAACUGGGCGAACUAAAGCUCCAUGAGGACUCGCACCACCGCGCCUCCCCCUCCCUACAGACUGUGGGCGCCCUCCUCAGAGAAGCCUGCGUCCAGCUGCCGUCCAUCCGCGGCUGCUUCCUGACCCAUCUGGCCCAUUUGGAGUCUUCUGUCCUGGUGUCUCGAGAUUCCCUCCUGAGUCGAAACCCGUGGAUCAAAUCCCAUCUCCUCCCAGAGCUCACCGGCCCUACCCUGCCCUCCGACUGGCCUUACCUCCCCCUCGUCAGUCUCUAUGAGCGGACAGGGGUGUCAGACGGCGGCGGGCUGGCGGUGGAGGAGCUUCCGGUGGGGGCUCUGCAGGCCGUGACCCACUGUCUCCAGUGGUUGCUGCUGCUCGAGGUCUGGAGGGAAGAAGCACUAAAGGUGGUGCUUCCUGUUGCCAAAUUCGCCCGCCUGUCCUGUGUGUUCCUCUGUUCCAGUGAUUUGUUUUUGGAGAGACCUGUUCAGAGACUGACCUGGGGUCUGUUCAGGCUGCUGACCAGGAAAUCCAGGCUGGACUCUUUAGACCUGAAUGCUCCCCCUCCAGGUCUGGCCUCCUUUCAGGACUUAUACUCUGCCCUCCUGGCCCAGUAUGAAGCUGUGUCUUUUGGAGACCGUCUGUUUGGCUGCUGGGUCUUGCUGCCUCUGCAGAGGAGGUACAGUGCAGCCAUGAGGCUCGCUGUGUUUGGAGAACAUGUAGGGAUGCUGAGAUCGCUGGGGGUCACUCUGCAGCAGCUGUCCAUUCCCAUCGAACGGUUCACCUCUCCCCCUGAAGACUCCCUCCCUCUGCUGCGUCUCUACUUCCGUUCUUUGGUAACGGGCUCUCUAAAACGCCACUGGUGUCCCGUCUUGUACAUCGUCGCCCUCUCCCACGUCAACGCCUUCAUCUUCUCUCAAGAUGCAGCAGCGCAGGAGGUUGAAGCAGCUCGGCACAGUAUGUUGUGGAAAAUCUACUAUCUGACCGAUGAGGUUUUGAGGAACCACCUGUUGCUAUUCCGUCUUCCUCAACAGCACUCAGAGUCUGAGUUUGACACUUACGAACAGUUGCCUCCCAUCAGGGCGAAGCGUUUGGAAAACGUCCUAAAACUGCAGGACAACAGUGAUGACAAAGGAGACUGAACAGAUUCAGCGAUAGUGAACUAAAAGGAGAGAUAUGAGUUCAAAUGGAGGAUGGACAAACAGCUGUCUCAUUUAGAUGGACCAACAUAGCCACAGUGUGGCCUCUGUUCUUUGUGGAAAUCCAACCUGUGAUUGUCAAUAAAACUUCUCGUUUAGGAUUUACAGCUUGUUUUUAGUGUAAGAAAGGUCUUUAGAUGCAGGGCAUCACUGGAAACAAUUGAAAAGUCUGUUUAAUCCUUUUUUUUUUUUUUGGUUUUGUCUAAACCAUAAAACCAAAGGUUAAACACAAAUGUUAAAAAAUUAAU